GAUCGUCCGCGUACGUUCCCUGUAAUAGCUCAUUGGUCCCCGCCGACACCAUAACUCGCGAGUUACGCGACCGCCAGUCGAUAGUCGAGAUCGUCCGUACGUUGUAUUUUCGAUCAGUCGCUUAUUGCAGAGCCGCUUUCCCGCGCCAAUCGCCUGCUUACUGCGAGGAUACCUACCGGUACAGACGUUAUUGGGUCGCGGUAAGGCCCGCCAGACUUAUUGGCAACAACGCACCGAGAUUGUUUAUGCACAAAAUAAGGUGUACCGAACACCAGUUACUAAAAAGUCGAAAGGAUAAAAUGCGACCUCUGUAGGUGGUUAUACGGCAGUGAUGCUGUUUUUUGGGUUAAUAGUCUUCACAGCAGCCAUUAACACAGUUUCGUCGAAAAUAGGAUACUUUUGGCACAUCACCGACUUACAGUAUGACGCAAAUUAUGUAACGGCGACCGGCGAUUACGCAAAAAGUUGCAAACAAACGGUGAUCAAUCCGGAACUCAUUGAAACCGUCGAGCAGCGAAAGCAAACAGGCGGCAACGGCAGAUUAGGUGACUAUGGAUGCGACUCGCCAUGGUCACUAGUCCAAUCGGCUGUCAGGGCCAUGAAAGACAAACAUGGCGAAAACAUCGAAUUUAUCCUGUGGUCCGGAGAUUCUGUAUCACUGGAUGUAAGAGAUGCAGCAGCUCGAGUGAUAGCUAUUCAGAACGUUACCAAUCUACUCAGCCAUUUCUUCAGUAGCCAAUUUGUCUUCCCGGUUUUAGGGCAUGAUGACCCUGGUGCUCUACUUGGUCAGCAAAUUGGAUAUACCGAAUUGGGAUAUUUAUGGCGACAGUGGUUGCCUACAGAUGCUAUUCAAACAUUUAACAAAGGUGGCUAUUACACUAUCGAGCAAAAAGGCAACAAGCUCAGGAUAAUUGCACUUAACUCAAACGCAUUCUCCACCACGGAUGAAAGCCAAAAUGUCGACCCUAAUGAACAGUUAGCGUGGCUAGAUAGAAUUCUCGUGAAGUCAUCUAAAAACAAAGAGACGGUUUACCUUGUUAGUCACAUGUGUCCGGGAGCCAACGAAAGAGACCCAGACGAGGCACCACAAUUUCAUGACAAAUACAGUGCUAAGUAUUUACAAAUGAUAAGGAAAUACGCCAACAUAAUCGUCGGUCAGUUUUGCGGUCAUUUGCAUUCGGACACAUUUCGAAUUGUCUACGACCACAACAAGAGACCGUUAUCGUGGAUGAUGAUGGCGCCUUCGUUGACGCCUAGCAAGUCGCCAGGUGUAUCCAACAACCCCGGUCUGCGGCUCUAUAAAUUCAACACCAACACUGGCCACAUUCUAGAUUACACACAGUACUACAUUGACCUGGAGACAUCGGCCAAUGGGGACCCGGACGACUGGAGGGUCGAAUAUAACUUAACACAUUACUAUGGAUUGCAUGAGAUCACAGCCAGGUCUUUGCACCAAGUAGCAGAAACGUUCCAGUUGAGUGAUUCUCCGGAAUUCGACAGAUACUUCGAGGCUAACUCGGUGCGAUUACGCCCAUCGAAAGAUUGCAACUUAGAGUGCCGGCGGAUGCACUUUUGUGCAGUAACCGAGCUAGACUAUAGUAGGUUCCAUAGUUGUGUAGAAACGGCAGCCGAAGCACUUUCCGUGUCAGCGUCGCCGCCACACGGUCACGCUCUGUUUACAGCGGUUUUGUUGGUCGCCAUUGCGUUGGCUCACCGCCGUCAACACAACUAACUGUCACCCGACCAUUUCCUUUUUAAAGUCAAAAAAUAAUAUAAGUACACAACAACAACAGCGAAAACAAUUAUGUAAGCAACCAGUGAAAUGGAUCUCGAAGAGAACAAGCUCACACUUUGUCCGUCCGGACAUCCCGUUUUUGUUUGCUUACGACUCAUUGUUGUUUUUAAAAGAUUCUAUUCUUCGUCAAGUGUAUGCUUGGCAUUUUUUUAAUAAUUGCUUGAUAAAUAUCAAAUAUUCUACGAGGUUUACAAGCUAUUUUUUUCUUGCUCUACAUAAAAUUUAAAACAGACGUCAUUUUGAAUGGUUCAAUUUGUCCCGAUUAAUAAUAGUAAACUAUUUAUUUAAAAAAAUAAUCAAAUAAACGAAGAACCUUUUUUUUUAUCUAACCAAUGUCUUUAAAACACAUGUAGUUACUUGCAAGUUUUACAGUAAAUUAUAAACGUUUCAAAGAAUGGUGCUUUUAUAGUUGUUCAUGGCACAUUAAUUAGGUGUUUUUCCAAACAAUAAAUGACAACAAAAAUUUUUGGUUUAUUAAUAAUUAUGUUAUUGUAGCAAUAUUCAAAAAAAUAGUCUUAUUUUUGUUAUUUAUAAAGGAUAACAUUAUUUAUACCACAAAAAAAAUACAAGUCCGAAGAUGGUUCAAGAACACCCUUUACUUUUGACAAGCACGUCGUGCUAUUGAAUUAAUACAAUUUUGUACUUUUCAAUUAAAAAAACCGGCUGUAGGCAAACUUAAAUUAAUUCCCAACAACUUAAUCGAAAGAAAUCCAAAAACUUUUUCUACAUAAUAUUAUGUUAAGCGAAUUCAUUUAGACCUCAAGUAAAUAAAAAAUGAAUGUUCAGGUAUUUUUUUUCAGACCUAUUAUAUAAAAUAUAUAAUAAUAAUAUAUAUAUUAAAUAAUAAUUACGACUGGAUAUAUUUCUACUCUCUAGUUAAAAAUUCAAAUUUACCAUUUGAGAGCUCAAAAUACGUUUGUAACGAAUUUUACAAUUCGUAAAAAUGCAAACUUUUAAUUUUGCAAACCUAACCGGAAUCCGCGUAGCAAUUUUAAUGUAUAUUACUAUAUACGUAAUAAAUCAUAUUUUUUAAAUUUCCAACGAGUAGAGAAUAAUCAAUGAACUUUCAAAAUUGGAUAGUAAAAAUAAAAUCGUAAUUUUUUGAUAAAAAUUUCAAAUUAUACUUAUUUAAUAACUUGCAAACUUUUGUGAAGGUAUAAUGUUAAACAUUUUGUGACACAGAUUGAGAUUGAGACACUAUAUUACAAUACUAUAGUUAGCGAAUCUGUAUUUUUACUAUAGCAACCUCUAUAUUAUCAAAUAUAUUAUAUAAAUAUAUAUGUCACCUUGUUAUUAUUGUCCCAUUAUUUAGUAUAGUUAGUUAGUAUUCAAAUUAAUUAAAACUAAAAUGUAUGUACACGAUAAUCCAACAAAUCAAAAUUUUUCUACAGUCUUCCCUUUUAAACAUUUAUAACAUUCCUCUCCGGAGCAAACUAAUUUAAUUUCUUACUUUAUAACAACAUACAAAAAAUGUAUUGCGAUACAAAACCUAACCUAACAAUUUAUUAUUUAAGGCCAAAAUACUUAGGAUUGUAAACUAAAUAUGUCUUUGGUUUAUAAAAUAAUUUAAAGUUAUUUAGACGUUACUCAUGUACAUUUACUUGCAAACUGACAUUUUAACUUGAAAUGCAGUCAACAUAUUAUAAUAUGUAAAUAGUUUACCAUUUGUACUUUUAAGAAGUUUAGCCAUAUUAUAUUCAUAUUUAACCGAACCCUAUGUGUUUGAUAAAUUGAUCGUUGC